GCGGCUGGCCGCCGAGCCGAGACACGAAUACGAUGAUGCGUGCUUUAUCUUGGUUGUCGAAUCUCGACAUUUCCCUCCCUUUCCCAUCUUCAUUUUCUCCGCCUCUUUCCUUUCAAGGCUACGAUCAAGGUCUAUUUUAUUCCCUCAUUUGUGACCGCCUCAACCUUUUAUACUCGGCAUACGUUGCGCUGUACUGUACAUUGUUCGUCAAAGAGACCGUUUUCGACAAACCUCGCCCCCAACCUUCAACCUUCAACUCUCCAAUCCCCACCAUGGGGCAACACCACCGCGACCUCUGUAAUGCGGUGUCCGCAGAGUGUCCCGUCAGUGCGACUCUAUACGGCUACUACCCGAAUCUGGGCGCAAACGCGUUCUUCGCUGCACUCUUCGGCCUUCUACUUGUUGCGCAACUUAUCAUCGGAACGUGGACGAGAACAUGGACCUUCAUGUUUGCCGUUGGCCUUGGGAUCUUUGGUGAGAUGGUGGGUUAUAUCGGAAGGCUUAUUAUGCAUCAAAAUCCAUGGUCCGAUGCUGGGUUCGAGACACAGAUCUGCUGUCUUGUCCUUGCGCCGAGUUUCCUCGCCGCGGGGAUAUACUUGACUCUGAAGCAUAUGGUGCUGUAUUGUGGGCCGGAAUAUAGCAGGUUGAAGGCGAAGUGGUAUCCUUGGAUCUUCAUUGGGAGCGAUUUGGGCAGUAUAAUUGUGCAAGCGAUCGGAGGGGGCGUAGCGGCGAGUGCGAAGAACAGCACGAAUCCGGCGUUGUUGACGGCCGGUGAUGCGCUGAUAAUCGCUGGGAUUUCGUUACAGAGCGUUACGAUGGGAGUAUGUGGCAUCAUGGUAUUGGACUUCUUUCUGAGGAGGAGGAAGGCGAGAACAGACGACAAGACGGAAGCGGAGGGAACGACGGAUACGAGUCUGGAUGCAACGACACUCACGAACGAUGUGCAUACAAGGAGCCCUUUACGAUUCAAGAUCUUCUGUUGGGCCAUCGGCUUCGCUUUCCUCACCAUCCUUAUACGGUGUCUGUAUCGUAUCCCGGAGAUGGCGGGCGGAUGGGGAAAUCCGAGAAUGAGGAAUGAGCCAGUAUUUCUGGGGCUGGACGGGGCGAUGGUUGCCCUGGCUUCGAUUGCCUUCACAGUUGCGCAUCCAGGGUUUAUGUUUCCACCGAUGAGAAAGGGCAAGAAAGCUAGAUCAUCAUGAUUUCCGUGGAUAGUGCUCAGGCAUGGAGUCCAUCUGGACACUUGGUGGGAUGAAUGGGGAUUAGCGGCAAGGCUCAACUUUGACC